AACCGUGGCACGCGCGCUCGCUUAUGCCUCGCUUCUCAGGAGCGCACUGCCUCCGUCAGAGCCAGAAGUCUAUCUGCAGAGCUCCGCCAUCCGAAGUUUCUCACUGCCUUUGCUUGGGAAUUUUAUUUCGGAGAUAAACAGGAGUGGGAAUAUCCUAUAAAGGAGCGUUGCUUUAGUAAGCCAGACGUGUCAAUUGUGCGUCCUUUUUGCAGUAGUAGAACAUCAGCAUUGGGAAAUAUGCGCCUGUCCACUCGAAACUGCCACAAGUAAACGAUUCAGAGGGAAACCUGGGGUUUAGUUACCCUGCUGAGAGGAAUAGAGAACUUUUACCUCUUUAUAUGAGGCUUCGGAUUAUUUAGACGGAAUAAAAGGAUCAUGGUCCGACAAACGCUGGAUACAAUUUGGGAUUUUUAAGGUCACAGAACGUUUAGAGCAGCAUCGGUAUUUUAGGAGGGUUAAGCAGAACACAGUCAUUUGGAGGGAACAUAUAACAGCACGAACGGCACCCUUUAACGCACGCGGACCGUCUAACAGAAACAGAAACAUGUAUAUCUAUAUCUACGGCUUUCUGCUCUUUUUAGAUGAGCUUGUGUUGUCCAUGUCGGGCACUUCCUCUCUCUCUGAGUCUGGGCACCAAGACUCAAUGGACUGUUUAAGAGCCACCGAGAAUUGUAACCAGGACCAAAAGUGCAGCCAUCGCUUCAGGAUCAUGAGGCAGUGUCUGGCAGGCAAGGACAGGAACACCAUGUUGACCAAUAAGGAUUGCCAUGUAGCCCAGGAAGUGUUAAAGGAGAUGGCUCUGUUCGACUGCCGCUGCAAGAGGGGAAUGAAGAAAGAAAUGCAAUGUCUGCAGAGUUACUGGAGCAUCAACAAAGGCCAGACUGAAGGUGAGGACUUUUAUGAGCCAUCUCCUUACGAACCCAUGACGCCUCACCGACAUUCAGAUGCAUUUCGCCUGGCGUCAAUCAUCUCAGGCAUACAGUCUGGUACAAGUAAAGGCCAGCCACACUGCUCAGAUCCCAGCCGCCCAUGCAACCCCUGUCUGGACGCCACCAAAGCCUGCAACCUGAAUGAAAACUGCAAACGUCAGCGCUCCAACUACAUUUCCACGUGCACCCGUGCGCAGACACAGGGCCAGCAACCCUCACAACCUCAGUCGCAGGACAGCUGCAACAGAAAGCGCUGCCACAAGGCCUUGCGUCAGUUCUUUGAGCGUGUUGACUCGCAAUACAGCUACGGGUUGCUCUUCUGCUCCUGUAAGGACCAGGCCUGCGCUGAGAGGAGGAGACAGACCAUUGUUCCCUCCUGCUCCUAUCAGGACAAGACCAAACCCAACUGUCUUCAGCUGCGCAACACCUGCCGUCUGGAUGUGCACUGCAGGUCACGACUGGCUGAUUUCCACACAAACUGUCAGAUGACCCCUCACUCCAUCAGCGGCUGCCUCAACGAUGACUACCAAGCCUGCCUUACAUCUUACACCAGACUCAUUGGUACAGAUAUGACUCCUAACUACAUGGACUCGGGUCACUCAAACUUCUCCAUCUCCCCCUGGUGUACCUGCAGAGGCAGCGGGAAUCAGGAGGAGGAGUGUGAGAAAUUUCUACAGGACUUCAGAGAAAACAACUGUCUCCGAAAUGCUAUCCAGGCCUUUGGCUAUGGGUCGCUACCCAAGCCUGAUCCUCAGCCUACUACAGGCUCAGUGAAACCCGAUCUUGAGCUCACUGCCAGCAUCCCUAAAACAACUAUGGAACUGGAGGAGCCCUGCAUCAUAUCAUCCUGUGCUAAUUUAAACGAACUGGAUUGCUAUCCAUCAAAAGACUACAUCUGCGGAAGUGAGGUUCCUGGCAGUCCACCUAACACAAGAGUAGAGUACCCCAGAAAUUCAAGUCCAGGCACAAAAGCCCUAACGGAUGUUUUGAUCCUCGGUCUAUUGUUUGCUCUUGGAAACCUCGCUAUAUAGAUCUACGUGAGCUUCGUAAGCCAGCGCAGUGAGGAAAAGGCUGAUGGGAACCCCCUCAUGAUCAUCUUCAGACCAAACUAAUGCCUCUCUCCUCUACUGAGGCUUUCUUUCUUUCUUUCAAAUAAACACCGAACAGAAAGAACACAGAGACUCAUAUUGAAAAGACUGCUGCAUCCUUGCCAUGGCCGAAAGAGAAUGUUGCAUACCAAAUGAGCAAACGGCCAAGAAACAGAUAUUGCGUACUUAGCCGCUUGAGUCCAAAGUAUGGUGCCUGAUUGGUGGACCUGCCACUUAAGGCACAGAGCUUUCCGAUCUAGUGCACUACUUCCUGCCGCCCACACCACCUAUAAAAAGGGCGUCUCGCAGCUCCCAUCAGGCCUGAAUUACCUGUUGUCUGGCACUGGAUUACACCAUCUCUGAGAGGCAUUCUCCAUCCCGGCCCAGUGCCCAUUUAUUGGAUUUGCUACGCUCUUCUUUGACAGCUGCUUUAGCUUUCUCAUUGCGAUUAUUCUCUUUUGGUUCUGUCUUUUUUCCUUCUUUUGUCCAUCAGUCGAACAGGAGUAAUUACUUUCCCGUGGUUCUUUUAAACGUGAAGUGUUUGAAGUUUAAAUCUGUACCCUGUUGACACAGUGCGAGGUGGAUGUCAAGGGCGCUCGUUCUAUACUUAGUUUGACAUAUUUGAAAAAGGAAAGAGUGUCGAGAUGAAGUUGAUGAAAAUGUACCAAUGGAUCAACAGAAGAAGUAGAUCUAUACAAACGGCUUUCGUGUGGGUUUACAAUGUCAAUGGGCUGCCCACACAUGUACAAUUUUGUCUGUGAAUAUGAAUGUGUUUCUUUCUAAAAGUACAGCUGUUGAUUAUUAUGUGUUGUCUUUAACUGAAUGAUGACGAGACUCUAGAGAAAGCAGUGGGAGUGACAAGAGCUGAAUGACUGAGGAAGACCUGGAGGUGCUCAUUCCACAAAUCAUUAUUAGUCAUACCAUAACUGGUCACUGGUGAAAUGGAGUUCUAUACAAGAAAAACAAGGAUGGCUAGCAUUUUGGGACAUUCAUUGUCAUGUGAAUCAUUGUGUGCAAUUUAUGAUGUGGCCUUACUCUUUGUUUUUGUUUUUAGUUGCUGUGCAGAGAAGGUCGAGUUUUGAUGUUCACAAUGUUUCUAAAAAUGGACUCACACCGAUUCACAGGUUCAGUAAAUGCACUAGAUAUUAACUCUCAUAAACAUUCCAAAUACUAAAGUUAUGAAUAAAACAGACAUUGGUAUAUAUAUUUGUAUAUACACCAAUGUCUAUAUCAAUGUAAAGUUCAAAACUAUAAAGAUUUAUAUAUUGUGCCCUAGGCUUGUUACAUACGUACCAUUGCAAAGCAGAUGAUAAAUAGGUUUUGUGUAAAUAUGGCACUAAUGGGAAAUGGAAACACAUUAAAGAUAUGUCGUAUCAGUGGGAAUCUGUCCGUGAAAACAUCAAAACAUCAACAGGCAAUUUUUUUUUCAUUAAAAGAUUAUUCAAUACUUUAAAGUACUAAGAUUUAUGAGUACUCUGAGAUUGUUUCUUAAAGGAUCCAAUUAUUUAAUAAUCAGCUCUAUUUUACCAGAUGCUCAAAAAAGAAUUUCUUCUCAUUUGGUGUGAAUGUCCCUAAAAUAUGUUGAAACAUCUGGAUAUAUAUACAGUAUACACACACACAAACACACACACAAUAUAUAUUAUUAUUUUUUUUAUUUAUUUUUUUUAGGGGGCCAUUAUGUCAAAAGACAGGUUUGUCAUUAUUAAAUGAGAACAAGCGCAUAUUAAACUGUUAAGAAAAAAUAUCCUGUUGCCAGACACUGACAUUGCGAUUCUUGCUUCGAAGUGAUUUUCAAGGGAGGAAACAGAAGUAGUAGUAAAAAAAAAUAUGUGUGAAUUCUCUGAAAGGUGCCAGUUUACAUUUAGUCUUACAACCUUUUAUCGAAAAGAUAAAGUGAUUUUGAAUCUCACUGUACCUGAGCUGAAAGCAUCGGCCAUAUGCUCCCCAAAAACAGCACUGAAAGAGUACAUCAAAAAGGCCCACUGGGGUUUGGAUAAUGUUGUGAUAGAAGUGCGACUAUUGAGUUUGUGUGUAGCUUACAUGUACAGUACGUUUGUGUAUGAGAUUUUUAGCUAUGGUUGGGAGGGGAGGGGAUUUGGUAUCAAGUAGAGACCAUUUGAAUGACAAAUGUAAGCUUCAGAUGCAAAGAAAUGAACUAUGAAGAAGAGCAGCAUUUCACAGAGACAUUCAUUGAUGCUUUUGCUGUGUCACAUGACUUUGAUAAACCAUCGUGAUUUGAUCACCUCUGGAAUUAGCAGAACUCUGCAUCAUCUCAUCACUGCUUUGAUGUAAGGGUCACCUCCCUUUGUAGACUGCUGUGAGGUCCAGAUAUGCUAAUGCUGUGCUUGUUUCCUGAUCAAUAAAGCCACUUCAGUUUUUA